AUGUUCCGCCGUACAGACACUCUCGGACAGAAACGCAGCCUCGUGUCCACCCUGACAUUCUCGACAUGGAUGUCCGACACCGCGACCAAGGUUGAGCCGGAAAAUGCAGGUGAAAGCACACCCAACAGCCGUUCGUGGACGAAGGGCAUUGUGUUCUGUUCCUGGGUUAUGGGCACGGUUCUCUCCAUCAAUAUCAUCCUAACAAUUAUCGCGGCCGGGAUUGCAUAUUCUAGGAAUGGUGCAAAUGAUUUCUCCUUUGCAGCGAUUUAUACUGGGAGCUGUUCCAGGUCAAAGAACUGGACGACAGGACUGCACCUUGUGAUUAAUAUCUUAAGCACGGCCAUGCUUGGUGCCAGUAACUACUGCAUGCAAUGUCUCGCAUCCCCAUCGCGUGCGCAGGUCGACGAAGCCCACAGUCAGCGGAGAUCCGUCGCAAUUGGGGUCCCCAAUAUCUGGAACCUGGUUCGAAGACAACGAGGGAAAAGGCAAUUGCUUGGUGGGCUGUUGCUGAUUACAUCGCUGCCCGUUCAUAUGAUUUACAACUCCGCCAUCUUCUUCGCCUUUGGGCCGACGGAAUACAGCGUCGUUGUAGGGACUGGUGGCCCUGUGGAUAGCAGCGGAACAGAAGAUUGGAACAACUGCACCACGCUUAUUGGUAUGGAUGUACCAGCCCUCAACGCCGAGCUAGGCCGGUCGGAUCUGAAAACGCUCUCUAAUCAAGAGUGCAUCGACACCUUUGCGCAGGACUAUGUAUCCGGCCAGAGGCUGGUUGUCCUGGUUACAAAAAAAGAACUGCCAGAGGGCGAGCCCGUGGUGUUUAUGCUUGGGGGAAAUGAGGCAGGAUUCACCGGCGGAGACAGCAGCGACUACAGAUGGAUGUGUGGUGGGGAAAGUGACUGCAGCAAAGACAUUGCAAGUAGCAUGCUAAACGAGGAUCAAUGGACUAUCCAGCCAUUGCAGUGGUCGACCCCAACCAUACAGAUGCAGGUUCCUACUCAGUUUGGCUUCCACAACGUCUCGGGGCAGAUUUAUUUCAACACGCCUGAUUUCCCUGAUAGUACGCCGGACACCAUACGGCUGAAUGAGUUUCUCAGCCAAAAUUUGUAUGAAAAUGAGCUGCAGGCGGAACUUGACAAUCCAUCGAACUGGGUCAAUGCCUCUUUUCCCGGAAAUGUGACAAUUUAUGGGCAUACGGCGCAAUGUAAAACGCGGGGAAUGAAUCCGGCCAAACUGCCAGAAACAUACCCAGUCGAACAUUGCCUGACAGUUCCAGUAGAGGAGAGCUGCCAGUUGGUGUUUAGCCCUCCGAUAUGUCUCAUUGUAAUCGGGUGCAAUAUCAUAAAGCUUAUCUGCGCCCUGUUCACGGCCUCUGAUAGCAGGGACGAUGUUUUCAUGACUAUCGGGGAUGCAAUUUCAUCCUAUCUUACUCGACCAGACCCGACGACAGCAGGGUGCUGCCUGCUCUCCAAGUCAUUAAUCAAUAAAGGGACGAGUGGCUGGCACAGGAAGCCAAAGAAAAAGCCCAAGGAUGGUGCUAUAGAUAUCUCAGACUCGAAACUCCCGCUCCAACUCCCUUCUCAAAAAUGGUGGUUCCAGGCCGUGGGUACAGGACGGUGGGUACUCACAAUGACCAUAUUCGUCUGCAUUAUGAUUCCAGCAGCCUACCUUCUUCACUUAGGUAUGACACAGUACUACAAGUCCGUUGGCUCAAGGACCAUUUGGGACACCACCCUCGGCGAACCAAGCCCAGCAACAAAUCUAGGGAACUUCCACGGUCAAAGCGGGACGUCAGCGAUAUUCUCUAUGGUUCUGUUGGCUAACUUGCCACAAAUCCUCGUCUCACUCGCGUACUUCAUGCUGAACGCCCUGUUGACAGUCAUGCUGGGUGCUGUCGAAUACAACAAUUACAGCCGAGCUCGCAAACCAUUGCGAGUAUCCUGGCCGCAGGGUGGCGAGCAACGGUCUACUUACUACCUCUCACUCCCAUAUAGAUACAGCGUCCCGCUCCUGAUUGUCUCUGCAGUCAUGCACUGGCUGGUGUCGCAAAGUUUCUUCUUCGUACAAGUCAUUCCAUUCGAUAUGGACGGCACCCCGAGUCGGUAUGGCCAACUCAUAACCGUCGGCCAUUCGCCAGUUGCCAUUAUCUUCGCCAUUGCCGUCGGCGGGUUACUGUUUGUCGUUUCAAUGUUGAUGGGCCUUCGUCGUUUCAAGUCACCCAUGCCAAUUGCAGGGCAGCACAGCGCGGCAAUCAGCGCUGCUUGUCAUCCUACAACUUCAGCUGCUGACGGUACUAGCCACGCACUUAAACCGGUGCAGUGGGGUGAGGUCGCGGGUACAUAUUCGGACCCGACUCCGAUGGCAUUUUCCAACCGAAUCAGGGGGGAUCUGGACCCUGGCAAUUACACUCUUUCUGGUGUUGGGGCUGUGCAACAGGAGUGCUAUCAUUGUACCUUUACAUCGGAUGAUGUGUCUGAGCCCAUCAGAGGGCGUGUAUAUAUGUAA